CAAGCGAAUGCUUUCGUGCUCUUCGUGCAUGGUUUUGUGGUUCCUGCGUAGCGCUUAGCGUAUCCAUUGCGCGGUUUUUUACGUGCUAAAUACUCUUAACAAUGUAGUUAAUGUUAUCGAAAGCAUUGGAGCGUAAGGUCCAGCAAAAUGCCUCGUAAAAAGUCACCAGAUAUGAGUGAUAGCUGCGGUAUCGUGAAUUCAAGUUUUUCGGACCGUGCGAGUAGCUAUGCCCCACUUGCCGGACUACUGGUUGUAGUUCUCCUCAUACUCGUCCACGCUGUCGUCUAUUGCAGUAAAGGAAAUGGUCUUCAAGCUCACAAAGUCUACUCAUUCAUCGAAGAGCUGGCGAUUUCAAUCGCAUUUGCAGAUAAAUUUUGGAAGGCUACCUUAUGCGGCAUUGGGACGCUUGUGAUGACAUUUAUGAUGGUUUUCUACAAUAGUGAGAUACCCGGAGUAAACCCUCCACUGCCAUGGGACUGCUCUGAUGGUCCUGUCAUCAUCACUAUGUCAUAUGCUAUGUGUCCAUUGAUGGGCCUCCUGACAUUUAUGUACUGCCUUACGCCAAACCUUUUCACCUGGACCAUGUAGCCAAAAGUCCCCUCCACAGUAUUUUGUAUAUAAAAUAGUACAAAUUUUCUGGCACCAA